GGGCUAAGGUGGCGAUGGCGGGCUGAGGUGACGAAGGGCCCUGGGGCCGUUGGAGGGAGGAGAGAAGCUGUGGUGGCUGCCGACCCUUGAGGCGAUGAGGGAUAAAGCCUGGAACCGAAACAGCGUGUACCAGAUUUGCAACUGUUAGGCUGAAAAGAUCUAGAUGAAGAUUGAAAAGCAUCCUUGUCCUAGGAAUAUUGUACACCAAAUGCAGGAGGAAAAAGAACAAGUAAAGAGAAUACCAGAGUCAUCACUUCUGCAUACAGACUGUUUGAAUUAAUCUUUAGCUUUAUGCCUCCAGGAGGAGUAGACUGUACCAAUAGCUUAUCAUAAAUGUAUCCUAAUGCAGAGUUCAGAUUAAAGUAGGUUAAUCCAACAAACCGCUACAAUCACAAGGCAGAUUGGAAGAUUGAUUGUUAAAUUAUGACUGUCACAUCAGCUCCAGUUUAACAUGGUGACAUCAAGAUAAGUCAGUGUCUACCCUUACGUAAGUUCAUCAGUGUUACAAGACAGUUCAGAUGUUGAGACUCUUGAUUCCAAAAGGUGAAAUGCAACUGAAUUAAAGCCCACCGAAAGUUUGGUUGGAAGGCAUCCAUGAAUGAACUAAACUGGUGCUUUCUUAAAACAAACCAGAAACUGACUGUUUCAUAGUUCAGAGAAAAGCAUAACUGUGAGAAAAUAUGAAAUCCUACUUGACGAUAAAAGCGGAAUUGAAGAAGAAAUUUAUAAAACCAGGCAGGCUGCUUGGUGUGAGCACCUGUGUAUUAAUAAACCGAAGGUACUUGCAACAUUUGGCUGGUUUACAGAAUCCUCAAAAGUUUUGGAAACUGACCAAAGUUUUGAUGCGCUGCUGGAUGUUUUUCGCAGUCCCCAACAGAAUACAGAAAAUAACAGUGCUUUUAAAGAGAAGUUGUUUGGAAAACUCGCUGAAAAUUGCAGGUCCUUAGCAGACUAUGCCAUCAGAAAGUCAAAUCUGUCUUCUGAUGUGGAGGCACCAAGAACUGUUGGCCGUGUUCAAGGACAAGGUGGUGCUGCUGUCUGAGGUGCUGAAGCUGGAGGGCUGCAAGGGGAUCCCCCACCCCAUGGUAUGGGCUGCGAGGGGAUCCCCCACCCCAGGGGAUGGUCUGCUCCCCGGUCACACACGGCAAAAGUAAAACCAGACACAGAGCAGAAGAUAGGACAAGACUGAAGAUUCUGCUGGCAGCUGGGCCUCAAACUUCGGUGUCCAGCCCUUUUCACAUACUAGGGUUUUGCUUGUCUCAUCAUUCUAUAUGGACAUACAUUUCUCCAUUGAAAGCAAAUCCGAUGGCAGUCAUUUCUGAGGUGACCUCACAAGUGACCCUUGUCCAUUCUUCAUUCCAUGUGAGUUACAUCUUUUUCUUUCUUGAGUUUUAUGACUUCUCCCCACUUGAAGAAAACAAUUUUUUUUCUGAAUAGUUGGCAAGAACCUUCCUUUAUUAAUGACCUAUGAGGCUUCUGUUGAAGUAAUGUGCUUUUCCCUUAAAACUCUCCACUACUAUAACAGGUACUAAUGGGUCUCCACAGCAGGAUCCUGGACUGUGCAGUCUGCAAAGUCUGGAUGUCUCUCACUUCUUGCCAGCAGCACCUUCAAACAUAAGCUGGACAGACAUCGACCAUCACUGUUUCUGGUGAAAGAGUUGGUCUCUGUGGGAUGUGUGACAGGGCAUUUUUCAUUCACUCCCUAUUUGUUGCUAUAAAAUAAAAAUUGUAAAUAACGUUUCCCAGAACAUCACUGGGGAUAACAGUAUAUUUUAUCUUUAAUACUCAGUUCCAACAGUUUUGAUUUGUCCAGAAGGACCCAGAGAUGCUAAAACCUGGGAAACUUCAGUUGUUCUGUUCCAGCUAAACCCCUUUUGUUUACCACAAGUAUCAAACCCUCAAAACUGGUUUACCUGUGGCUUGACAGCAAAAAGUCACUUGCUGUGUGUGACAUGAGAUGGCAUGUGCGCCAGACAAGCAGAAUCACACAUAUGCCAGCUAGGUAACGCAUGCAAAUUAACUUUAUUUUGUGUAUAAGUUUGCUUGGAGCAAAAAAAUGCAAAAUCUGUCUGCUGCAGCAUUCCCGUAAUAUAAAACUAAUAUUAUUUAUUAGUGAACAUGCAUGCUCACCAGUGCCUGCCAGACUGCACGCAGUUACCUUCAAGAAUUGUGCACAGCCACAGGGAUGACAAGUUUUUUCCUGAACAUGGGAGGUCUGAGGCCAAAAUGAGAAAAAAAUCUUUAUGUAAAUAUCAAGGAUCCUGCUGCUAUAACACUUUAAUGAGUGGACUACUGUUUCCUGGGACUUUCCUGUCUGUGUCCCAAAGGGUGUUGUAUGAUCAACAUACGGGCAGAUUUCAGAAUCAAACAGUGAGAAUGUGUGAUCAAGAAUUUCACUGGUCUUCAAACUAACCUUUUUUACAGGUCACAGUUUAACUUGCAGUUUCCUUGAUGUAGCAGCUUUAAGAUUUUCUUUGGGCAGAUUUUCUUUGGCUGCUCUAGAUGGCUUUCUCAAUCCGCUCUGUGUCUUCUGAUGGAAAGUGUUGAACUGAGACUGACUGAUGAAAAAUACUGGAUUGCAACUCAUUCCCUCACAGACAAGAAACAGCAAAGUCUACCUUCCUUUCAUGCCGUCACUUCUGCACUGCAUCCUUCCUUUAGACAAGCCUGGGUGGGGGGUAAUAAGAACAGCCUCUAAGGGCUGAUCCCUCUCUGAAAUAGGAUGUGACAGCUCCUCUUUGGAGUUGGAAGAUGAUUCAAUAAUUCUACCCCAAGUGUGAGUGGUGAAACUGUCUUUUGGGAGCUUAAAGAGUCUUUUCUGAAACUCUAGUGAAGUCCAGAUGUCUCAUAGCUUUUGUGAUCUUGUGAGCAGUUUUAGAAGGAAAAUCUGUGAGGGAUAUGGCUAUGAAUCAUCCGUCUAUCCUGUGUCCAUGAAGAAGAAAUAAACCCCAAUCCAAAAAGAAUCCAUUUAAUUCUGGAAUUUUCUGACCUAUUUUGGUACAAGCCAGUCUAAAAAAAAAAAUUAAACUACUCUCCUGAUGAGUUUCUCAUAUUGUUUACUUUUGUAACGUUCUCUGUGGACUAGCAGCCAGAAAUGACGUCCACCCCUCGUCCAGCAUCAGAGAAUAAGAACUUCAGAGGAAGGAAUGCAACUUCAUAAAUAGCAAACCACAGACACUAAUGGGGAGCAGAGGCAAACCUGCAGGUUAAAAAUUCGUUGCAAGAGAAGCCCAUACAUCCACACUGCCUGGAGAUUCAAAGAUGAUUUCAGCUCUAGCAUUUGUUUUUCUCCUCUGCCUCUCUUGUCCUUUCUCAUCAUGUCAGCAGAGACGAGCAGGAGGUGAAGUUGGGCCAGAAAUGCUGGAAGAGAUGAGAGAAACUAACCGUGUUCUAAUGGAAGUUCGAGACUUGUUGAAACAGCAGAUUAAGGAGAUAACAUUCCUGAAGAAUACUGUCAUGGAGUGUGAUGCCUGUGGCAUGCACACCGAGGCGACAGGCCCUGUCAUCACCGUGACACAGUUUAACAGAUGCCUCCCAAACUCCUGCUUCCCUGGAGUGGCCUGCACUGAGACCGGCACUGGCUUCCGCUGCGGACCCUGUCCCCCAGGUUAUUCAGGCAACGGGUCCCAGUGCACAGAUAUCAAUGAGUGCAACGCAAACCCCUGCUUCCCAAAAGUCCAGUGCAUUAACACCGUCCCUGGCUUCCGCUGUGAUCCCUGCCCUCCUGGCUUCACUGGGCAAAUGGUCGAAGGGGUUGGACUAGCUUAUGCCAGGGCCAACAAACAGGUUUGUACUGACAUCAAUGAAUGUGAGACAGGUGCCGCCAGAAAUUGUGUCCCAAACUCUAUCUGCAUCAAUACACGGGGAUCCUACAAGUGCGGGGCUUGUAAACCUGGCUUUGUUGGGGACCAAGUCACUGGCUGCAAGAGCCAGACGGUGAGACGCUGCCCCAAUGGUGAAAUCAGUCCGUGCCACGAGAAGGCACAGUGCAUCGUGGAGCGCGACGGGUCCCUCUCCUGCGUGUGUCUCGUGGGGUGGGCAGGGAACGGCUACGUCUGUGGGAAGGAUACGGACAUUGACGGGGUCCCUGAUGAGAAGCAACGCUGCUCCGACAAAAAAUGCCGCAAGGAUAACUGCAUGACUGUCCCCAACUCUGGCCAGGAGGAUGCAGACAGGGAUGGAAUUGGAGACGCUUGUGACGAUGAUGCUGACGGAGAUGGGAUAAUAAAUACUGAGGACAACUGCGUGUACACACGCAACGCAGACCAGCGCAACGCAGACAAGGAUAACUUUGGUGAUGCCUGCGACAACUGUCGCCAAGUGAAGAACAAUGAUCAACGGGACAUUGAUGGCGAUGGGAAGGGAGAUGAGUGUGAUGAUGACAUGGAUGGAGAUGGGAUCAAAAACCCAGUAGACAACUGCAAAAGAGUUCCUAACCCUGAUCAAAAAGAUAGUGAUGGUGACAGAGUAGGAGAUGUGUGUGACAGCUGCCCAACAAUCAGUAACCCGGACCAGAAAGAUACCGAUCAUGAUCUAGUGGGAGACGUCUGUGAUACCAACCAGGACAGUGACGGGGACGGCCACCAAGACACACGGGAUAACUGCCCCUCGGUGCCCAACAGCUCCCAGGUGGACACAGACAAUGACGGGCUGGGGGAUGAAUGUGAUGAUGAUGACGAUGAUGAUGGGAUUCCAGAUGAGAAACCCCCAGGCCCCGACAAUUGUCGGCUCGUCCCUAACCCUGGCCAAGAAGACUCGGACGGUGACGGCGUGGGAAACCUUUGUGAAGAUGAUUUUGACAGAGACAUGGUGAUUGACAGAAUUGAUGUGUGCCCAGAGAAUGCAGAAGUGACACUAACGGACUUCAGGGCUUUCCAGACAGUUGUCCUGGACCCUGAGGGUGAUGCACAGAUUGACCCCAACUGGAUUGUCCUCAACCAGGGCAUGGAAAUUGUCCAGACCAUGAACAGCGAUCCUGGCCUGGCUGUAGGUUACACGGCAUUCAACGGAGUGGACUUUGAGGGCACAUUCCAUGUCAACACGGCCACAGACGAUGAUUAUGCUGGCUUCAUAUUUGGCUACCAGGACAGUUCCAGCUUUUAUGUGGUCAUGUGGAAGCAGAUGGAACAGACGUACUGGCAGGCAAACCCCUUCCGAGCAGUAGCAGAACCUGGAAUUCAACUGAAGGCAGUGAAGUCUAAAACAGGCCCAGGAGAGUAUCUCCGCAAUUCGCUCUGGCACACCGGAGACACCACAGACCAGGUCAAACUGCUGUGGAAAGACCCUCGCAAUUCUGGCUGGAAGGACAAGACGUCUUACCGCUGGUUCCUGCAACAUCGGCCUCAAGUGGGAUACAUCAGAGCUCGCUUCUACGAAGGCCCUGAGGUCGUAGCAGACACGGGAGUUGUCCUCGAUACAACCAUGCGAGGGGGACGCCUGGGAGUCUUCUGCUUCUCCCAGGAGAACAUCAUUUGGUCAAACCUGCGUUAUCGCUGCAAUGAUACCAUUCCAGAAGAUUAUGAAACAUUUAGAGUUCAGCAAGACUAACCUCCGAUUUAAACGUCUGUCCAGCCAAACUUGCUUUAAAAAAUGUGCUCAGCUGCCCCACUAUUGCUCUGGUAUACUGUAUAAAGAACUGUAAGUAAUGUACCACUGCACUCUGCACAGCACCACGUGUCAGUGCAUUAUCUGGCAACUUUUCCACAACAGCAACUUUCUUUAAACGCUACAAAAAACCUAUUGGAACGGCAGAGGUGUAGAUGGCAAGUGUGGAUAGAGGCCUGUGCUGCUGUCAACACUAGCUCUCUACGCUACACGGAGAGAGAUGUGCUGAGAAGCCACCUGCAGGAGCUGGAAUUGUUUGAGUAAGUUCAGUGCGGAUGAUUCCCAGGAAUCUUUUCCUUACUCAAAGGCUCUCAAGUGUGAAUGUUGUUUUCCUUUUCAAGACCUACUGCAAAACAAACCCAGCACUAGUCUGAAAAGGACAGAGAGCAGCCUAUGUACAAGUUGCUCACAAAACAUUAAAAACAAGCACUUUAAGGAGAGUAUCUUUGUUCUGGAAUGUUGGCUAAUAAAUACGUGGAAUGUUGGAUAAUAAAAACUAGACUUCUCCUUGGUCA